GUCCGGUGGAAAACAGCGCCAUCGCGAGAAGUGAGCCGGUAGCAGGUUGGUUCCUGCGCGGAUGCUGUGGUUGUAAGCGCCGCGCGGUCGGCUGGUUGCGGCUCGCAGGGAGGAGGACGCCGGGGGCUCGCCUUCCCUCCGCUGCUUCUGCCACUGCCAUGAUUCCGGUGUCGCUGGUGGUGGUGGUGGUGGGUGGCUGGACUGCCGUCUACCUGACCGACUUGGUGCUGAAGUCAUCUGUUUAUUUUAAGCAUUCUUAUGAAGACUGGCUGGAAAACAACGGAUUAAGCAUCUCCCCUUUUCACAUAAGAUGGCAAACUGCUGUUUUCAAUCGUGCCUUUUACAGUUGGGGACGGCGGAAAGCGAGGAUGCUUUACCAGUGGUUCAAUUUUGGAAUGGUGUUUGGCGUAAUUGCCAUGUUUAGCUCGUUUUUUCUACUGGGGAAAACGCUGAUGCAGACUUUAGCACAAAUGAUGGCUGAUUCUUCUGCUUCUUAUUCUUCCUCCUCUGCUUCCUCUUCCUCCUCUUCUUCCUCUUCAUCAUCUUCCUCUUCUUCCUCUUCCUCCUCCUCCUCACUUCACAACGAACAGGUGCUACAAGUUGUGGUUCCUGGUAUAAAUUUACCUGUCAACCAACUGACCUAUUUCUUCGCUGCAGUCCUCAUUAGUGGUGUUGUACACGAAAUUGGACAUGGGAUAGCAGCUAUUAGGGAACAAGUUCGAUUUAAUGGCUUUGGGAUUUUUCUCUUCAUUAUUUAUCCUGGAGCAUUUGUUGAUCUGUUCACCACUCAUUUGCAACUUAUAUCACCAGUCCAGCAACUAAGGAUAUUUUGUGCAGGUAUCUGGCAUAAUUUUGUCCUUGCACUCCUGGGUAUUUUAGCUCUUGUUCUCCUCCCUGUAAUUCUCUUGCCCUUUUACUACACUGGAGUCGGGGUGCUUAUCACUGAAGUUGCUGAGGACUCACCUGCCAUUGGACCCAGAGGCCUUUUUGUGGGAGACCUUGUCACCCAUCUGCAGGAUUGUCCUGUUACUAAUGUACAAGAUUGGAAUGAAUGUCUAGAUACCAUCGCCUAUGAACCCCAAAUUGGUUACUGCAUAAGUGCAUCAACUUUACAGCAGUUAAGCUUCCCCGUGAGAGCAUAUAAACGGCUAGAUGGUUCGACUGAAUGCUGUAACAAUCAAAGCCUCACAGAUGUGUGUUUUUCCUACAGAAAUAAUUUUAAUAAGCGUUUGCAUACAUGUCUACCUGCCCGGAAAGCGAUUGAAGCCACCCAGGUUUGUAGAACCAAUAAAGAUUGUAAAAAGAGCUCAAGUUCAAGUUUCUGCAUAAUACCUUCUUUGGAAACUCAUACUCGCUUAAUAAAAGUGAAACACCCACCUCAAAUUGAUAUGUUAUACGUAGGACAUCCACUGCACCUUCACUAUACAGUGAGCAUCACCAGUUUUAUCCCACGUUUUAACUUUCUAAGCAUAGAUCUGCCUGUGGUUGUGGAAACAUUUGUCAAGUACCUGAUUUCCCUCUCAGGAGCUCUGGCCAUUGUUAAUGCAGUACCCUGCUUUGCUUUGGAUGGACAGUGGAUUUUAAACUCUUUCCUGGAUGCUACCCUUACCUCGGUGAUUGGAGACAAUGAUGUCAAAGAUCUGAUAGGAUUUUUCAUCUUGCUUGGUGGCAGUGUACUUUUGGCUGCCAACGUGACCCUGGGACUCUGGAUGGUUACAGCACGGUAAUAUUUGCACUCAUCCGACAGAAUCUCUGAAUUACAGUAUACAAUACUGAAAACCAUUACUUUGUAUGAAAUAUAAAGUGUUUCCUUAAAAUUACAUUUUAGCCAACAAUUUUAAGCUCCUCCUAUAUCCCGAGUAUCCAAACUCUGGGAUGGGGGCCAAACGGAAGAAAUGCAAGGUAUAGUCCCUGACUACAUUCUAGUUUUAAAGACUGAACUUAAAAUUCAGAUGCUUGUGGAACAAUUUCUAAACAAGUGCAGAUUCAUGUUAAACCAUUUUGUGUGACUACAUAUUAUGUUGCAGUAAUUUAAAGGAGAACGGAAUUGGGUGGAAUUACUUGGGGAAAACUUCUUGAAAUGAAAAAGCAUCAUUAAUCCAGAUUUGAAGGAGACCAGACUUUGGCCAAGUGGAGGGGUGAGCAUUUUCUUGGCCUCUAUCUCUUCCCCUUUGUCUUGUUUGGAAAGGAUUUUAAAAUUUAAUGGUGUGUUAUUUUGUACUCUGACAACUAAGGUCUGAUUAUAAUUAAUAAAAUUCUAUAAAAGAAUCUGCUGACACGAAAGGGAAAGUCUUUGUCAAAUGAUGCCAAAUAAGUGAAUAAAGUAGGAAGCAAGGCCUACAAUAUCUUGAGACAUGUUUUGCCUCACAAGAGUUACCUCUUUGCUAAUGUGUCCCCAUACCCUCAUAAAGUAGCACCUCGCCCUGACUUUAGAGUGAGCUGCAGGAAGUGUCUCCCACUUGCAGCAUGUGAGCUCAGACAGUUAGGAAUGAACCUCAGAACUGAGCUGGGUCUUCCAAGAUCACAAGACACAUCCCAGGACCUCUGUAGUACUCGUGACCAAUCUCUGUAGAGCUUUGAAACUUGGAACCCUUCCAGGGUAGACAUUGUCUCCUGUGCUGCUGGGGCGAUCUGGGGCAUAGCUCCUGGGUUCCUGACUUCAAGAGGCAACUACUUUAAGCCCUGAACCAUAUUCUGUCCUCAGCAGUGGCUCCCAUGUUUCUCUGUUGAGUAAUAAAACAUCAAGUCCUUGCUUUCCAUCUUUCCCCUAAGCUACCUCGGUGGGUCCCCAGAAAACUUGGUAGUACAGUGAGAAUGGCUGGCUACAUGUGAGUACAAACAUGGAUUUGCCAGAGCCUGGGAACUAACUCCUGUGCGCGAAAAGGCUCUGCCUAGUUUGAGGUCUUUCAGACAGGAGAUGCAGCCCUGGGAGAUCUGUUAAGUCAGCGGGCCGGUGUGAAGCUAUUGGUCUUAGCAGCGUCUGAGCGUGCUUUUCUCUGAUGACAAAUACAUGCUUCUCUCAUACAGUCAAGAACACUAACAGUCAUGUAUCCACCUUCACUAAACGAGGUAUUCCAUGGGGUUCACCUUUUUCAGAUCAUUGAGUUGCUGUUCAGGCACUAAAACUUUUUAAUCAUUUUUAACAAACUCUGUAGAUUGUAUUACAGAUUUGCCUUCCUUCUUAAACAGAAAUUGAAUAUAAUUUUAGCAUUUCAUUAAUGACUCGAGGUUAUCAGUUAUUACCACCACUAAAGCCGUACAAAUUAUUGGUUUAUCCCAGGAAAAAGGCAUUUGUUCUAUUUGUAGUCAGUCAUUCAGGAUCAAAGUGUAUUAGCAGAGUGAAGUUCAGAUCUGUUCAGGUAGAACUUGGGGAAUGUCAUGAAAUACAUGAUUAAUUCGAUUGCACGACUAGUUUACAUAAGCAGUUUACUGAUGAAAAUGUGUAUGUGCAGGUCAGUUUUUUUUUAAAACUGAGGGAGAAAUUAAUAGAGGAAAUCCUACCCAUUAACUUCUUUUUCUGGGUGAAAAAAAAGAACCCAAACAUAUAAUUUUCUUGUAGUUUUUAAACACCUUGGUCUGUUGCUCCAUAGGGUCAGGAUAUGGGGACCACUCUAUUAGAUUAUUGAGCAGAUCACGUGCCAUCUAUAUAGAAAUGGUCUUGUCGUGUAAGAAGGGAAAGAAAUGUCACAUGUGGUCUCUUCAGCGUGAUUGUGGGCACUUCUAGAGUGAGGACCAUGUCAUACUCAUCUUUGCAUCCCUGACACAGUGCAUGAGACAUCAUAAAUACUUAAUAAAUGUGGUUGAAUGGAUUAGUGUUAUUUAUGGAUUAGAAAAGCAUGUUUCUAUUUAAGUAAGCUAUUAAAAAGUAUUGAAUAUUUACUGUAAAUACAUGUUAACCAAAAGUAGCUUGGAAGGUCUGUAGGUCCCUGGUAUAUUAUCAUCUUUAUUAAAAUAAUCCAUUUUUGGUUUCUGUAGAGCCAUUAGAAAAAUGAAUUAUUUUGAAGAAAGUGUUCAUUCUGUGUUGUUACUUUGUUCAACAGUAAAACUUUAUUUUCAUUGUUCCUACUCUGCAUUGUUUACAUUUUUGAGGAUUUUUUUUUACAUCACCUACAAUCUGUAAAGAACAUGUAUAUUCUUUUCAGCAUCUCAGUUUGAAAAGAUAUGCAGUUAAACUUGACCCUUUGAUAAUCACUCUUAUAGGUCAUUGUUCUAAUCGUAAAUUGUAAUUGUGCUUCAUAGAUAUGUGGCUCACAGUCAUCAGUUUGUCCUAUGGUAUUUAUUGAAUGUCCAUAUACUAAUGGUGCACAGAUAUUUUUUUCUAUAAAUCUUUCGCCUGUGCUGUACUUCAUUCUUAGGAUUUAACUUCAAGACACCAUAGUUGCUGGCAUUUGAUGUUUAGCAAUAAAAGAAUAAACGUGUACCAGCAUUCUAUGUUGUAUCAUCAUCUUAUGUGUUGUCUUUUUUAAAAUAUUUGUUCCCUUUACAUACAGUACGAUCUCAGCUGUUUUUAAAUUUUUUAUUCUAAAAGCAGCCUUCAGUUUUCACUCAAGCAAUCUCUAUGUGAAAGUUGUUGCAGGCUACAGAAAGAAAUCUUUUUUAAAUGAGAUCCCUGUGCUCACUACUGUUUUGGAAAUGGCCUGUUUAUGGAUGAAGAAAGAGGAGUAUCAUGUUUCCUUUCCUUAGUGUCUGACAGAAGUCUUCUUUAAGUUACUCUACGUUUUUAGGAAUUUGUGAAAGAAAAGUGUCAACUAUGACAUUUGGUUCUUCUUGACCUUUUGUUUUAGUGCUUCCUCCCUUGUCCACAGAGCCCCCUCCACCACCCCCCACCCCUCCACCCCCACCCCCCACACACACACUUUCUAGGUUAACUAAGGACCAGAUAAAAUAGGCUGGAAAUUUAGCCCAACUCCUGACUGGCUACCUUCAUUCCACUCCUUCUUGCCACCGGUCCAGUUGUACUAGAGUUAAGAGCCACAAGAUUAGAUGACCGAUUAUCUAAACUACCUUUUUUUUUUUUUAGCAACUUCAUUGAGAUAUAAUUAAAUAUUAUAAAGUUCACCUGUUUAAAAGGUGCAAUUCAUUGUCAACUAUUUUUCUUUUAAUGACUAAUCGAACAAUUGUAUACAUAUGCUUUAGUAUAAUCUAACCUCUUAAGUAAAUGAACAUACGAUAAAAGACGGGGAGAAAAAUGUUUCAGUUAUUUUACAGCUAUUUUAACUCUCAAGUGGUUUUAAGCACUGGAAUAGAGCUGGAUAACAAAUUUAUUUUUAAGGUAUAUCAUGUGAUAUACUUUCUUUGAGACAAGCCUUUUUAAUCAGUGCAUUUGCAAACUACUCUUAACUGUUUAGGCCAUACUAAUGUCAAUAAUCCAUUGUAUAUUUUAUCAUAUCUUGGCAAAUGAAUUUAAUGAAAGGAAAGCUUCUUUCAGAACCUAAUGAUACAAUAGAUUAUACUCAGGGUGGAGGUAGAGAAAAAUUGGCUAAAGAAGGAAGUUGCAAUUCUUAAUUGCCAACCAGGUAUAUUGUGUAGGGUGGAGGUAUAUUGUGUAAUAUAAUUUGUUACUAAAGAGAGAGAAAAACACCCCUAUAUCUUAGUUUUAGUUAGCUUAAGAUCGAUGGAUAUUCAAUAAUUGUCCCUUCUUAUUAACUAUUGCUCAACUUUUCUUACUGAAGUGCUCCUGACAUAGAGUUUUUUAUUCUGCCAAUUGCUUAUUGAUAUCCUUUGUCGGCUUUUCCAUUGAGUGUCCUACAUUUUUCUUAUUGAUGCAUAGGGAUUUCUUGUUUAUUCUAGAUGAGAGGUUGACAAACAACAGCUUGCAAGCCAAGUCCUGCUCACCACCUAUUUUUGUAAAUAAAUUUUUAGGGGCCGGCCCGGUGGCUCAGGCGGUUAGAGCUCCAUGCUCCUAACUCCAAAGGCUGCCGGUUCGAUUCCCACAUGGGCCA